CUGCUCCUCCAUUCAGUUCCCAAGAUGAAACAGUUGAUUCUGUUGCUGCUUUGCCUGAGCUGCAUUUACGCACUGAAGUGCAGAUCCCAGGAGGGAUUAGGUGAAGCGGAGCUCAAGCGAACUGUGCGCAGCUGUAUGCGUCGCCAGGACGACGACGAGGAUCGAGGACGCGGUGGACAGGGUCGGCCAGGGAAUGGGUAUGAGUACGGUUACGGCAUGAAUGAGGAUGAGGAGCAGGACAGGAAUCCGGGCAACAGGGGCGGCUAUGGCAAUCGAAGGCAGCGCGGACUAAGGCAAUCGGAUGGAAGGAACCACACCAGCAGCGAUGGAGGUCAGUGUGUGGCCCAGUGCUUUUUCGAGCAGAUGAAUAUGGUGGAUGGCAAUGGGAUGCCCGAUCGGCGCAAGGUGAGCUAUCUGCUGACCAAGGACCUGCGGGAUCGGGAGCUGCGCAACUUCUUCACGGACACCGUGCAGCAGUGCUUCCGGUAUCUGGAGAGCAAUGGCAGGGGCAGCAGGCACCACAAGUGCACGGUGGCCCGGGAACUGGUCAAGUGCAUGUCGGAGUACGCGAAGGCGCAGUGCGAGGAUUGGGAGGAGCACGGCAGCAUGCUCUUCAACUAGGUGCGAACUUACCCCACUUU